AUAAAAAAUAAGUGAAACAAAAGGAAAAAAAUUAAUAAUGAUGGAUGAAGAGAGAAACCCCCCAUUUUUCCCCCUCCGCACUCAAACCCGCUCUGCCUGCCAACCUCCGGCUCUGCUUUCCGGACUGCCGCCCCCCCCGCCCCGCAGCAGGACAAUCGGAUGGACGGACGGACGGACGGACGGAUGGACGGACAGACAGCGCAGGCCCCGCCAGGCCCGGCGCAGGGGCGCAGGCAGGGAGGGCAGGAGGGGAUCUGGGGGUCAGCGCUGGGUGCCCCCUGCCCACAGCCCGGCCGGGGACCCCCUUGGCCGCCCCGGGGGAGGCUGUUUGGGGAUUCUUUUCUUUUUCUUGUCCCUCCCCGUCCGCUCGCUCGCCGCGGGGGUUGCUCCUGCUGGACGGACACCGAUGGGUGUUGGGAAGCGCUGGCCCCCACCAGGCUCUGGCAGCGUCACCAGCGGGGCUCGGAGACGCCACCAUCACCAGCCACAGCACCCCCGGCCCUGCGCCCCCCACCCAUCCUGGCGGCCGGAGCAGAGAGCAGAGGAGAGGAGGGGGCCACCUCCGGAGGGGACCCCGCCCCCGCUUCGCCCCCGCUUCGCCCCCGGCCCCCGCCUCGGCCGUGGCGCCGGCGCCGCGUUCUCUCUCUCCUCCCAGCCAGAAGCAGAGGGACUCUUUAAGUUUUAUUUUUUAUUUGAUUAAUUUUCAUUUUCUGCACAAAACCAGCAAUUGUAAAUACUUUUGAAGAAAAGAAGUUAAAAAAAAUGUUUAAGGAUAAAAAAAAAAAAAUUUAAAAAGCUGAAAAAUCAUACACACAAAAAAAAGAGAGAAUCACGCACCGGAGGGAGAAUCCAAAAAUGAUGGAGAACAGGCC